UCUGUUUAUUGGGGUAAAAAACUAUAUUGUCCACUCGUCUCCUUAAGAAAACAAAAACGUACCCUUUUUAUUUUAACUUAACUGAAUUCUUAAUCUCUGCCUUGCCAUAUCUAAUAUUAACGUCAACGCUUUCUUUUCCCGGAGCUUCCUUCGAAAAUUGCUCAGCAGCAUCAUUACCCUCCACUUUAUGAGCAGGACUGCAUACAGCAGACGGGUUAACCCAGGACAGGUCCCCUGCCCAUCACAGAGACGCUUACAAACACCUACGGACGGUUUAGACGCUCCAGUCAACCUGACUGCAUGUUGGACUGUGGGAAGAAACUGGAGGAAGCCCACACAGACACGGUGCCCAUUGGGUAGAAGUAUUUAUGUCUGUGUCAGCAAGAGACAGCGUCAGGUCGGAGGCAGCAGCUUACAAUAAAAUGACUGAGUGGUUUAACGGGACCGUGUCCAAGGACAGACUGUGGUCGGGGGCGGAGAAGUGGCUGGUGGUGGCAGUGCUGGGACUGGAGAUGGUUAUAGGAGUUGCAGGAAACAGUUUGGUUCUGCUGGUCAAAGCCAAGUGCAGGGGUUGUUUCCGCUGUCAGUACUGGCUUCCUUUCAUCAGUCUCACCAUGUCAGACUUAGUGUUUGACAUCACACUUUGUUGCGAAGGCUGCACCCUCCUAAUCAUCUCCAGCUCCCUGGUUGCCAUAGUGACAGGGGGUCAGAUGUCACCGUGGUGCGAGGUCGUCAGUCUGCUGAAAUUCGCCUUCAUCACUUCGUCCAUCGGGAGCAUAGCUGUUCUCUGCCUGCAGCGCUUCAUUGGAAGGGCCUCCACAGAAAGGCCCUGUUUUGUUGCCAUGGUGAUAGCUUGCUCAGCUUCCUGGGUGAUGGGGCUGGUGUUUGGGAGCGUCCCUGUCAUCUACAGCUGGAUCAGGUACGACCCGGCAGAGAUGCUGUGUGCGGUGUUCUGGGAGAGCAGCUACUCAGACAUGCUGGUCUACAUCCUCUGUGCCUUCUCCAUCUGCAUCUUCCUGCCCUUCCUCCUCAUCGUCUUCUGCUCUGUGCUCAGAUCCAGCAGUUUAAACGACAGUGAGGACAGCGAUGAUGAAGCCGACCUGUCUGCUGUCACUCCAUUGCUGGUGGCCUCCUACCUGGUCUGCUACUCUCCCUUUGCUGUGGCUGAGCUGAUUCUACUGGGCAGGCUGGACCUGUCUCAGGCGCCCAGCUGGUUAAGGACGCUGUCAUCGGUGAUGUCGUACCUGGACUGUGCUGUGAACCCUCUGAUCUACUGCUCACACAAGGCCUUCAGGGAGGCGGGGCUGGCCCUGCUGUGGACCAGCAGCGAAGCGCCAUCGGAGCCGGUGCUCACUGCUGUGACUCCACGGGACGUGAACCUGAGGCACAGAACCGACAGUAACGCCACACCAUGACUUCUGUUUGCUGUAAAAUGUUUUCCACCUAAAAUCUUCCCGUAAAGUGUCACAACAAAA